AUGAAGAUGACGGAAGACAUCGAUGAGCUGCUCAAGAUGACCGAGAUACUGUCUAAUCCAUUGGAACAGACAACGAUUAGAACCUUGGCUGAACACUUUAGGUUCGGUAUAAUCGGAAAGACCGAAUAUGAAAGUGCUUUGUGCAGGCUAAAAGACAGAAUUCGUGAUCGGAAGACUGGUGAAGAGAAGAAGCCUGAAGAAAACCCUAUUCAUCAUGAUCCAAAGGCUAGAGUCGGUCCACGGAUUAAGUUUAAACUAUGUAGUAACCCUAAAGAAGACGUUACAACUCAUCAUGGCUUGCGUAAGAUUGAUGCGGAGAGGGACGUGAAGGAGAAUUUGACUGACUUAUUGAUGGCCAUCGAGGAGAGACUGACCACGAAAGAGAUGAGACUCUACACUGACUUGUGUAAAAGCUUUGAGUCCCGUGUAAUCGAUUAUGGAGACUUCGUUUCAUGUGUUCUGACGUUGAUAGGGAAACACAAGAGUCUUUAUCAACGCUUCACAUGUUUUUCCUACGGUGACAAAGGAAGCAAAGUAGAUGAGGUUGGAGAGACCGGACAACACGAUGAAGACAGUCUUGUUGGAACAUGUCCUGAGUCUAGGGUUGAAGUUGAUGAGAAGAAAAACUUGGAGGGCAAGAAUAAGAAAAGAGUCUUGUUUCCUCCAAAAGAGUGGAACCUUCCUCUGAAGAAAAGGAAAAUGUCUACGAGUGAACAAGCGACAGAAGACUAUAAAAGCUAUACUCUUAUCCCCGAGGAAGAACAGUCUCCAGUCUCAGACCCUGUACUGAAUAACACGUGUGCUGUGGGGGCUGAUUUUAUUCAGGCAAGUAAGAAGGUAUCACGUAUCGAACAAGAGAUGUAUAAAUGCGAAGAUGAAAUGUUCGAGAUUGAUAUGUUGGUGGGAUCUCUGACAAGUGCAGUGGACAGUGCGGAGAGAGUUAUGAGUGGAGAGAUGAAUAUAAAUGAUCUUGGAGUGAAGUUUUACAGAUGCAUUGAAAAAAUAUAUGGUGAUAAAGAGGUUAACAGUAUAAUGAUUGAAAAAGUGAAAGAUGAUCACCAAAGGGCUUUACCUACGGUCUUAGCUCGGUUGAAACAGAAACUGAGUGAAAUCACGGAUAUUCGAGAGAGCAAGAAAGGUGAUUGGAAGAAGACUUGGAAAAGGCUUUCUGCAAAGCAAAAGAGAUCCAAUGCACCGCACAAACAUCUGAAGAAGAGAAGAUAA